GCCCCUUUCUAGAGGAAGUUUGGUAGCAGUCAGCAGGAGUUUUGCAGUCAUGCCUCUGCUCAUUGACAGCCGGAGGCUGGACGUCCGCCUGCCCGCCGCCCAGAUACUGCAGACGUGCCCUGAGCUUGAGGAACGAGCAAGAAACUUAAAAAGCCAACCCACCCAGAUCGUCGGGCCCCAUGGGUUUCUGUAUGUGCAGCAACGGGAACUGGCAGCAACCACGCCACAUGACCGUUCAAUUUCCAUUCUCGGGUCAGAAGAUGCAACUACUUGUCACAUCAUUGUCCUUAGACACACAGGAAGUGGGGCCACCUGUUUAGCACACUGCGAUGGAUCGGACUCUGAAAACGAGGUGGCAGCCAUUAUCCAAGCUGUAAAGUCCCUAACAAAGACCACUGAAGGAAGUCUAGAACUGCACAUGGUCGGAGGGUUCAAUGAUCAGCGCCAACUGUCACUGAAACUGUCCCGUCAGCUUCUUAAAGUGUUUCAUCAGCAAGCAGAGGAUGUACAUCUAGUCACACUUUGUGUCACAGAUAUAAAUGACAAGAAAGAGAAGGGUAUUCACCUUCCAGUUAUUUAUGGAAUAGCAGUAAAUGUUAAGACAGGAGAAAUUUUCAAAGCAAAAUUUCAGGACCGGCAGCCCGAUGAGGAUUUGCGCUCUGCAUACAUUAUGACUGGAGGACAUAUGGUAAAUGUUUAUGAUGCAGAAACGGAGCAGCUAAACAUUGGGCCAUAUUCCUGGCUACCUUUCCCAAACAUUGAAUUUUGGCUGAGUCAGGAGGACAAGCAGAUAUUGGACUGCUUUUCCACUUCUCCAAAGGCAGAACCUCCCUAUUUUGUCAAGCAUAUGAAAUCUUCACUCCAGUAUCUGAAGGACAAUCCACAUCCUCAAGUAUCUGUAUUUCCUAAUGGAAAACCCCGCUCCUAUAAAAAAAAAGCGGAUGGCCAAUGGGAAAGGAUCCAAAACUGAUAACUGUUUCACAGGAUUAGAGAAAGGGUCUUCUUUUUUUUUUUUUUUUUCAUUCUGGAAACUGCGCCAUUCUUUUCCAUGGGCUGUCUUUGGUGUUGGAGCUCAGAUCAGAAAGAAAGAAAAAGCAGACCCUUCUAAUCUUCUACCAUCCCUAUCUUCCCUAUGUACCAGUAGCUCCUUUCUGAUCCCUAUGGACCAUGGUAUUUUAUGUCUAUGCAAUUUCAUUAUUUCCAGUGCACGAAAGAAACAAAUGACCAAAACGGCUUGAUAACUGUAUACUUUUUAUAUUUCAUUUGAUUUGCAGAACUUACUAGAAAUUGUUUAUUAAUGUGGAGGUAUACAAUUUUAAGACUGUCCAAAACAUAUUCAUUUUAAAGGGCAUCUGUCAGCAGAUUUGUUCCUAUUAAACUGGCUGACCUGUUGAAGUCAUCUGUGUUGGUCCCAUGUUCAUAUAUCCACAUUGCU